AUGGUGUCUCUUCAUAAACCCUCUCUGGGUGGCAGCGAGCGCUUAGAGACCCCCUUUACAUCGGAGGCUGUUCAUCCGUUAGGUGUAGAGACACCGCAGCAGCUGCAGCAAACACAAGCAGCAGCAGGAGCAGCAGGAACAGCAACAGAAACUGAGGUCGGAGCGCCAGGCUCAUGGGGUCCUCGUACAGGAGACGGUGCAGCAGCAGCAGCAGCAGCUGCUGCUGCUGCUGCACCGCAUGCAGAUGGCCUACUACAGCAGGGAGAUGAGGAAGCAGAGCGUCGGGGGCGCCUGUGUGAGAACUGUCUCUUUUGCUUCAAGACAGCAGCAGCAGCAUCUCGAGCGUGUGUGAAGUGCUGCACAGGUUGUAGCCCUCCCCUAAGCACAGAGCAAGGCCCCCUUGAAGCUUCUAAUCCUCAGCGACAGUUGGAGGGCUUCAAUAGUAAGACGUAUCACCAUUCUCCUCGCAGCAGCAGCAGCAGCAGCAGCAGCAGCAGAGACAGCAGCAGCAGCGACAGCAGCAGCAGCAGCGACAGCAGCAACAGCGACAGCAGCAGCAGCAGGAGCGUUGCUGCUGAGCCAAUGAGAGCCUUGAAGGGUUCUUUAGAAGACGAUGAGACAGAGCUUAGCUGGUCGCUGCUGCAGAUGAAGAUAAUCUCAGGGUCUCCUUUGCUGCAGCCUACGGUGUCUCCGCUGCGGAGACGCACGGAGACACUUCGACGAUAUUUUGGAAGGGAGCGGCAGAUAACUUCGCUGCUGGUAGUACAACGCCCUGAAGCAGCAGCAGCAGCAGCAGCAGCAGGAGCAGCAGGAGCAGCAGGAGCAGCAGGAGCAGCAGGAGCAGCAGCAGGAGCUGCAGGAGCUGCAGGAGCAGGAGGAGGAGGAGGAGGAGGCACACCGUUAGCAGUGCAUGCAGCAGCAACAGCAACAGAAGAUGCAGGACAAGGAGACAGUAGUCUCCUUGCUGAAGAGACACUUGAGGAAGUCUGGAGACUUACAAAGGGCUUCGAGGCUGUCUCCUACAGAUCGUCAGGCUGGCGAGAUGUCUGCAAGUUCUUGGACACAGACUUCUCUCUCGGAGAGGUGUGCGUGGGCAUGGGGGUGUUCGGUAUAUAUGAAGCGGCUUUAGGCCCGAUGGAGACACCGGAGGACUUUGAAGACGCUCUUCAUGGUGGGUCUCCUCCUGGGUGUGCGCUUCUUGGGGUGUAUGGGGUGUAUGAAGUGUCUCCUUUAAGGGUCUCCUCGUCUGUCUCCUCAGGCCUCAGCACUGACGGUGUAACUUUGCUUCACCUUGCUGCUGCAUAUCUUCCUACCUCUUUCUACUCUCCGCUGUCUCUGCGCUUCUCACCCCCUGUCCCCUCUGCUGCCCACGGCCUCAGAAGCCUCAGCAGCAGCAGCAGCAGCAGCAGCAGCAGCAGAAACAGCAGCAGCAGCAGCAGAAGCAGCAGCAGCAGCAGCAGCAGCAGCAGCAAGGGCGCCACAUCGGUCAUGGACUUCCGUAUUGGGCGUGCAGACGCGCUGCUGUUUACAUACGAAGUAGAUACAAGGAGACUGUCUCUUCAGACGAGGAGGGGCUGGGAGCGAGAAGUUGUCUCCUUUAUUCGCAGCUUCAAAAACAAGCAGCAGCAGCGACGGCGCAUGCUGCUGGAGCAGCAGCAGCAAGGGGUGCUGCUGCACCAGCACAACGAUAUCAAGCAGCAUGUAGCUGCAGCAGCAGAUGAGAGGAAACGAAGCAGAAGGGCUCUUCACACGGAUCCAGCUGCUGCUAGAAGUGCUGCAGUUAGUGGUGCUGCAGCUGCUUCACCUGGCGCUGAUGCUGCUGCAUCUGGUAGUGCUGCUGCUUCAGCUGGUGCUGCUGUUGCUGCACCCACUGCCACUGCUGCUGCUGCUGCUGCUGCUGCUGCAGCUGAUGGGUCGUGGGACGUGUGGAUUCAUAAUGAGUCUUUGGAGGCUGACGAAGCUUUGUCUCUAGCUGUGCAUACGUUGAGGUGUUUGGGGACAAGGAUGGGGCGUGUCCCUACGCUUCAGCAGCAGCAGCAGCUGCUGCUGCAGCACCAGCAGCAGCAGAAACGACGUCUCCAGCGCACUGGCCGGCUGCUGCGUCAGUCUAUGCAGGCCCGCAGCAACAGAACCAGCAGCAGCAACAGAGAUGAGGAUGUGCCCGAGUACUUGUUGUACGGCUGCAGCAGGCGCAGCAGCAGCAGCGACAGCAGAAGCAGCGACAGCAGCAAGACCAGCAGCAGCAGCACAAGCGAAGCAGGUUGGGAGGGCCAGGAGACAUGGGGGCUUGUAGAUCAGGCAGAUCGACAGCAGCAGCAACUAGAAGAGACACUAGCGGGGUGUAUAUGCAGCAGCACCGUGACUACUGCUGCUGGGGUUUGCUGCUUGGUUGUCAUGGGCACCUUCGACUUACCAGCUGUCUCCUCAUACUGCUUUGCUGCUGCUUGCUGUCUCCUCGCGCUGCUGCUGUUUUAUAUCGGCUUCUUCUGUCCCUUGCUGCUGGUCUUAUACUGCCCUCACCAGCUGCCGGUGCCAGGCUCUUCGCUGCAGCGAGGCAGCAGAGUGUCUCUUUCUGCUGCUCCUUUAGCAGGAUCUGCCGCAGCUUCUGAUGCAGCAGCAGCAGCAGCUGCUGCUGCUGCUCCAACGUCUGUCGAUUCGGAAGACGGAGGAGCAGCAAGAAGCGCUACGGUGCAGCGGCUGCAGCAGAAGCAGAAGCAGCGGCGGCCUCAGCAGCAGCGCCUUCAUCAACGUCCAUACAGUGACGUCAAGGAUCUUAUAAGAGAAGAAGCAGCAGCAGCAGCAGCAGCAGGGCUUGCUGCUUCCCCAUCUAAUGCUGGGGACCCUUUGCUUCCGUCUAGUCUCUCUGAUGCAGAAGACAGUGAGCCACAUAGAAGCAGCAGCAGAGAUUCAGAGCAACUGCAGCAGCAGCAGCAGCAGCAGCAGCCUCAGCUGCCAAAUGGACUAAGUCCGCUUCCUAAUGGUCUUCACCGCGAAGACAGUGAACUGCAGCAGCAGCAGCAGCAGCAACAGCAACAGCAGCAGCAGCAGCAGCAGCAGCACAACAAUGUGGUUCCGGUAUGCCUAAAUACAACGGGCAGCCCCGACGACUGUUUAAGGGGCAGCAGCACUUUUACAACCAGCAGCGCUUCUGCUGCUGCUGCUGCUGCAUGGGUGUCUCCGUGGCCUUCAUUUGAUGCCUCUGGAUCUUCCUUAGCAGCAGCAGAGGAGGCAGCAACAGCAGCAAAUGCUUCAAGGAGACAAAGCCAGCUGUGCGCAAUGCGCUGUGCAGCAACUAGGGUGUCUCAGCAGCUCCGCAGGUCUUUGUCUGAAAUGCGGGGGUCUCUGUGGGGCAGACUUCUUUGUCACAAGACCUACAGCGCGAUGCAGCAGCUGCAGCCUGAGUUUGAUUUGCUGCGGUAUUUACCCCCUGCAUCUUUGCUGCGGGGUUUCCUUGAGGCAGUGCAGCAGCAGCAAGCUUGGGGGGGAGCAGCACCGCAGCCGCUGCACCUAGUGCUGGAGCCUGAGGUGUCUCUGCACCUCCAUCAGGCGGAGACAAGACACAAAAUCAACCAACUUGUGGAUGACAUCAUGCAACUCCCAGAGGCAACAGGCCCUGUACUCUCUUGGGUGUCUGAUAUAGAGCUGCACACCAACGGCACAGCAGGACCCGAAGCAACGCUGUCUCCUCCCUCCGCUCCCUGUCCCUCUGCAGCAGCACAUCCUUUCCCGUGGCAGUCAUUAGAAGCAUUUGUGCUGCAGCUGCGUCGGUGGCGCAGCGACGGGCAUGAUACACUCUGCAGCAGCAGCAGCUUGCAAGAAGGAGACACGGAGACAGUAGCAGCAAAGAAAGCCCCUUGGCUUCAUAACGUUACGCCCACAAUCUACGACAGCUCUUUUAUUAAAUUCUCUGGAGACGGCCGGCGUGUUAUAACUUCACGCAUAACGCUCUUUCUCCGCGUAGACCCUCUCAACAGCAGGAGCAGCAGCAGCAGCAGCAGCAGCAGCAGCAGCAACAGCAGCAGAUACGCACGCAGCAACCAAGACGUGCUGCAGCAUCUACGAGCUUUAGAGAGAAGCCACUUCCCCUCUGGCGGGGUGUAUCUGCAUGCAGGAGACACCUGGAUAAUGUCUGCGGUGUUAUCGCAAGUGCUGUGGAUCUCCAUAGCACUUUUAUUUUUUCUGUCUUUUAUCCUGUCUCCGGUUGGCGCAGCAGUAGUAGCUUCGCUGCUGCUGCUGCAGGGCCUCUUUGUUGGCGGUCUCCUUGGCUUCUUUGCUGUCCCCUUUGAUGUUGUUACUUUAAUCGCCCUGUUUGCAAGCGGAGCGUUGACGGUGGAGUAUACAACACUUGUGGUGUACACGCACCUCAGGACAGCUCCUCUGUUUGCAUCGGUUCCCCUCCCCUCACUUUCUCUCUUGUCUUCCUUAAUGCAACAGCACGAGCAGCACCAGCAGCUGCUCCAGCUGCAGCAGCAGCAGCAGCAAGGCUCUCCUCGCAGCAGUGCUGCAUCAGACGCCCGCACUCCGAGCGACUCCCGGGUGUAUCCUCAGCUUUCCCCGUUGCAACAGCAGCACCUGUCUGUGCAGGCUGCUAUCCCUACCUCUCCCUGGCAGCACCGACAGCAGCAGCAGCAGCAGCAGCAGCCGUUGCUGCUGCCUAGACCGGAAGAAGUGUGCUUGAGCUGCGGCAAGAGACCCGAAGGGUGCGUGGUGUACAGCAGCCCCACAGCAACAACAGUAGAGGUGCUGUUGGCUGGGUUGCACAGACAGCGGCAUCAGGGGCCUCUCUUAUCUUUUCUUGCUAUGAGGGAGGCGGGGCCCUCUAUCCUUAUGUCUGCUGUAUCUACCUUUCUAGGGAUAUGUUUGCUCUUCUUCGCUAAGAGUAGCGCCUUCCGAGUAUUCUGCUGCGCAAACUUAAUCGUCAUUUUUGCUGCAGUGGUUGCGAGUUGCUGCUGCGCCCCCCUGCUUCUGGUGUAUGUACAGCCCCUUAUGCCGCAGCUUAAGGCUCCGAAGAUGCACUGGAGGGGCCCCCAGGGGCCCUGGGGCCCCCGCCUUAACCCCUGCGACCUUCGGGGGGUCGAGAGGCCCCCAGGAGACAGCGCAGGGGGCCCCACAAACCCCGAGGGGCCCCCGCAUAUUUGA